GUCACAGCACAGAUGAGUAUCUCAGCAAACACGAGUACUGGCAGCAGCGCUACAGGCAGCCCUCAAAAGAUCUCAGCUUCGACUGGUUCGUGGAAUCCCCGGAAAUCCUGGACUUUAUUCUCCACAGCAUGAAACACUCUUCUCAGGGCAUGCACACACAUCAACUGUCAGGAAAGAAGCAGUCUGUCUCCUGUCUAGACCUGGGGUGUGGUACAUCUAGCGUAUGGAGAUCUAUCCUCGCCAACAGCCCUGUGCCUGUCAGACUGGUGUUGUUGGACUUUGUUCAAGAAGCUCUUCACUACCAAAAACAACAUGUGAACACUGCGGCUGCUGCAGUCCCAGAAUCCUGCUGCCAUCUUGUGUGUGCGGAUGUGACCAAUCUGCCAUUUGCUGAUGGCAGCUUCCACCUGGCUAUGGACAAAGGUACCAUGGAUGCACUGCUGAAGGACAGAAGCAGAGCUCACACCCAGGCAAUAGCCAUGAUGUCAGAGGUGGACAGGACACUGACCCCAGGUGGUCGAUUUCUGCAGAUAUCAGACGAGGAUCCAGAUGCCAGACUUGUGUUUCUGGACAGUCUCAGCCGCACACGCUGUCAUGUCAGUGACAGCCAGGCAUUUCCAGGCCCAGUAUAUGUGCCAGCUCUAGAUAGUCAGUGCUGUCCUGUCAGCAUGAACACAUCUGUAGACAGCUCAAGCAGUGACAGUACUAGCACUGUCCCUGCAAGUGGCAGCCUGUUCUCGACAUGGUCUUUCCAAGUGAUUGCUUCCAGGUGGCACAGGGAGUACUUCCUGUAUUGGAAGGAUAAAUUAUAA